AACGCCGCAUAAAGCUGAACCGCUGUACACUCGCCGAUAGGCGGCAGUAACGUCUUGAAACUGAUGUAGGGUAUGUAUGCACGAGCACGAAUCGCUUCCUGUUUGUACAAACAACACGGACAGUCCAGCGUGAAAGGUUGUCUUCUCUCUACCCCCUGAUGCUGUCCAGUGCUCUUCGGUGCCUGCGCCCUUCUUGUUUCACUCUCGCCUUUUCCAGACAACUGUUACAUCAUCAGCCCCACAUGGAACACAGUGGUUCCCGACCCGUGGAGACCACCAUACGGACCAAACUGACCCAAGCUCUCGAACCCGAGCACAUGGAGGUCCUAAACGAGAGUCACAUGCAUGCCGUGCCCCCCGGUUCAGAAUCUCACUUCAGAGUUCUCGUGGUGAGUCCACAGUUUGAGGGUCUGUCCCUCCUGCAGCGUCAUCGGCUUGUAAACGAAGCCCUGAAGGAGGAACUCAGUACCUGCAUUCAUGCCCUCGCCAUCCAGGCCAAGACUCCCCAGCAGUGGAGCAGCAACCCCAGUCUGGCCAAAAGCCCACCAUGCCUGGGGGGAUCCAAACAUGAUAACACAAUGGCUGAGAAAUUGAAGGCAGGUCGAGACUGACUGUGGAAAAACGGUUUAUUUUAGAAACAAACUCUGUUCUUAGAGGAUUUAUUGUUGUUAUGGUCAGAUAUGAAGUGAAGUAAACAGGUGGUUUGUUGCUCUUUUGCUUCAUGCGGAUAUCGGAAGUUUUAUCUGACCUAGAUAAAUAUUUUUCCUUCCUCUAUAUAUAAACCUCAAUAAACACAAUUUCUUCA